CCCUCCUGCUCCUUGUCUAUGCAGAGAGCUCCGUGCUCCCUGAUCAGGGUCCUUCCCCAGAUGCAGUCACUUAAGCAGACCUCUGAGUCUUAAGAGCCUGUUCCUGCAGAGGGCCGAGCGGGGUUUGUGUAGCAAAACGCAGGCUCCCCUCCUGACCUGACCUACUGUGUCCACAUGAAAACUGAAGUUCGUGCCUGGGACCCGAGCGGGAUGACGACAUCUCCGAGGAGCAGAGCUCGCAGACUCGUCACGACGAGGGCAGCAAACUGCUCCGCUGGGAACAUUUCAACAGAAUACAACCUGAGGACAGAAACAGCCCCUCUGGUCAUCGUGGUCUCCACCACGGGCACAGGAGAGCCGCCCGACACCGCCCGCAGGUUCGUGAAGCAGAUCCAGGACCAGACCCUGCCAGGCGACUGGUUCGCACACCUGCGGUACGGACUCUUAGGUCUGGGUGAUUCCGAGUACACGUACUUCUGCAACGGGGGCAAGAUCAUCGACCGGCGCCUUCAGGAGCUCGGAGCGCGGCGGUUCUAUGACACGGGGCACGCGGAUGACUGCGUGGGUCUGGAACUUGUGGUGGAGCCCUGGAUCGACGGGCUCUGGGCUGCCCUCAGGAAGCAGUUGGUGUCCAGCCCAGGAGCAGAGGAGAUGAGUGACGGGCUCCAUGUGGCUGCGCCCCCCACCUCCCUGGGGAUGGACCCUGGGGGAGCUGAGUCCCCCCGCCUUGAAUCCCGCCUGCAGCUGCUGCACUUAGACGAGCCAAGGGGAGAGGACCUCAGAAUCUCGGCCAGGAAUGCAGCGAACACAGGCCAGGCGGCUGCUCUGAUCACAGACUCGGGGCCCUCGCUUACCUGCUCUGUGCCCCCACUCUCUCAGGCUGCCCUGAACAUCCCCACCCUGUCCCCAGAAUACCUACAGGUGCACCUGCAGGAGUCCCCCAGCCAGGAGGGAAGCCACAUGCCUGUGACUUCAGCGGGUCCCGUGUUUCAAGUUCCCAUCUCCAAAGCCAUCCAGAUGACCAGGGACGAUGCUGUGAAGACCACCCUCCUGCUGGAACUGGACAUCUCGGAAACAGAUUUCUCGUACGAGCCUGGUGACACCUUCGACGUGCUCUGCCCCAACAGCUCCUCAGAAGUCCAGCACCUGCUCCGGCGCCUGCAGCUGGCAGACCAGGGAGGGCACCGUGUCUUCCUGGCGCUCAUGGCCGACACAAAGAAGAAAGGGGCAGCCCUGCCCCCCCACAUCCCCGAGGGGCGCUCUCUGCGGUUCCUGCUCACCUGGUGCCUGGAAAUACGGGCUAUUCCGAAAAAGGUGCUGCUGCGGGCCCUGGCGGAGCACGCGAGCCUCGGCCCCGAGAGGCGGCGGCUGCAGGAGCUGAGCAGCAGGCAGGGCUCGGCCGACUACAACCGCUUCCUCAGGGACGCGGGGGCCGGCCUGCUCGACGUCCUGCUGGCCUUCCCCUCCUGCCACCCUCCUCUCGGCCUCCUGCUCGAACAUCUUCCCAGGCUCCAGCCCAGAGCAUACUCCUGCGCAAGCUCAAGCCUGUGUCAUCCGGGGAAGCUCCACUUCCUCUUUAACAUCGUGGAGUUUGGGGGUGACGCCCCGGCGGUGGCACAGAGGAGGGGUGUGUGCACGGGCUGGCUGGCCGCCUUGGCUGAGCCCCUUCUGCAGCCAGACGCCCCUGCAUCCCGGACGGACAGCAGGAAAGCCCCGGCCCCACAGAUCUCCAUCUCCCCGAGGGUGACGCAGCCCUUCCAGCUGCCAAGCGACCCGUCCGUGCCCCUCGUCAUGGUGGGGCCGGGCACCGGCCUGGCGCCCUUCAUUGGCUUCCUGCAGCACAGAGAGAAGCUCCAGGAACAGCACCCAGACCGCCACUUGGGCGCCACAUGGCUGUUUUUCGGCUGCAGACACAAGGACCGAGACUACCUGUUCAGGGAGGAGCUCCGGCGCUUCCAGAAGCUCGGGGUCCUCACCCACCUGAAGGUUUCCUUCUCAAGAGACGCCCCCGAGGCCCAGGAGGGGGACACGCCGCCGGCCAAGUAUGUGCAGGACAACCUCCGGCGUCACGGCCCACAAGUGGCCCGCGUCCUCCUGCAGGAGAGCGGGCAUCUCUACCUGUGCGGAGAUGCCAAGAACAUGGCCAAGGAUGUGAAUGACGCCCUGGUGGAAAUAAUAAGCCGGGAGGCCGGAAUCGAACACCUAGAAGCCAUGAAGACACUGGCGGCGCUGAGGGAAGAGAAGCGGUACCUUCAGGACGUCUGGUCGUGAGGCCAAAAGGCCGCAUGAGGGGACAGCAGGGCCGCAGGGUCCCGGCAGGCAGCUGGGUUUGCUGGAGGAGGCAGAAGAGGCCGUCCCUUACCAGCCCUGCCUGCCACCCAGUGGGCUUCUUCUCCAGUGCUCAGCCCCUGCCACCCUGUGCGCCCUGGGCAUCCAGAGGACCUCACAGACCUGUCCUGGGACCUGAGUCUCCUCAGCCCGCUCUGCCCCCACCUGGUGGCCUCCUGCCGCAGGAAGCAGGAAGCGACCCAGAGCCCAGCAGAACCAACCGCUGAACCUCUUCCCUUGUCACCAGGGGUCCCUCUUUCCUCUCAGCAAUGUGAAAAGAAUAUGUCACUUUUCUAGGAACAAUGUCAUAAAGACUAUCCGUAUUUCAUAUUUAAAUCGA